AUGAGUCACCUCCUGUGGAAAUAUUAUUGGGAAAACGAUGUCGACAAGUUUCGGCGUCUGCUGGCUCCUGCUGGCCCCCAUUCCCAUGCAGCGUCCAAAAGCCCAUCGAUAGGAAAUACUGGAGGCGGAUUCCUUGGCGCAAGUCCGAGUGGCCCAGGCUCUUCGCCUCGGACAACAACUCCCAAGCCGCGCAAAGCCUCCGGAUUUGCACAUGGACUUGGGAGAUUCAAAGAUGGCGGAGCUGUACUUAGCCGGAACGAAAUUAACAGUCGCGAUCAUGCUGGUCUGUCGUUACUUCUUCGCGUCGCCUCAUCUACUCAUCCGAACGCUAGAGACUUUGCUCAAGCUCUACUCGAACACCCUUCCCUCGAUCUCUACGCACAAGAUCCUGAGAGUGGAUGGAAUGCCCUCCAUCGAUCCCUCUAUGCCGGAAAUAUCUCCAUAGCUCGAAUGCUUCUGGCCAAGGAACGCACUGACCUAACAAACCAUACCAAUAUCUCAUCCGUUGGCAAAGUUGGCCAGCUUAUAAAGACCAAAGAUCAUGAGGGCAACAGUCCAUUCGACUUAUACAACUCGAGUAUUGCUACAAGAGCAUUAAAAAAUAAUCGAGACUUGAUCGAGACAAAUGAGGAGUCAGAUGUCGAAGACAGCGAUGGCGAGGUUGCCCAAGGAGCCGCCAGCGUGUCGUUUGGCAUCGGCCAACCUGCCAUGGGAGACGAAUUUUACAUGUUUGGAAGCAACAAAAAUAUGUCUCUUGGUGUUGGCGACGAGAAUGAUCGGCAGUAUCCAGAACGCAUCGUCCUUGAACGGCCAAACGAGCUACUACGCCGAUUUCAUGAGGACUACUUAAGCAGCCAACAAACGGACUCCCCAUUCUCUGCGUCGGAUUUGGAUGAUAUUCCCACCCUAGUCCGCAACCCUCCUUUGACUAUUCGGGAUAUUGUCAUGUCCAAACUCCAUACUGCGGUUGUGACUGAUGAUUCAGCUUCAAACCUCUACAUUUGUGGCGUCGGUCGCGGAGGAAGACUAGGCUUGGGCGAUGAGAACACCCAAUUCAAGUUCGUGCCAGUACCGGGGCCUUUUGUCGAUCGCAAAGUCCGGCAAGUUGCUUUGGGCCAGAAUCACUCGAUGGCUAUAACCGACAAUGGCGAGCUGUGGACUUGGGGUCUUAACUCGGACUCUCAGCUGGGCUAUACUCUUCCUCCCGUCAUGAGGUCUGACGAAGAGCCUAUGAGCCUGUCACCACGACAGGUCUUUGGACCUCUGAAGAAGGAAGCGGUGCAGGGCAUCGCCGCGUCGGCAAUUCAUUCUGUUGCCCAUACUGGGUCAGCUCUUUACUGCUGGGGCCGAAACCUUGGACAGCUCGCUCUCAUGGAUGCUGAUUCGAGGUCACUAGAAGUGCAGCAGAUACCACGCAAGGUGGCAGCCUCGCUGCUAUCGGCUCCUAUUGAGAUGGUGUCGGCGAUAGACAAGGCCACGACAUGUCUCCUUGCGAACUGGACCGUCUGGGUUUUCACUAAUUACGGUUACAAUUUGAUCAAAUUCCCUUACCCUGACGUGUUUAGCAAUCACAAUUUAUCGGCCAGUUCCUAUACGCAUCGGUAUGACGUAGGUCGCCGCAACAUUCAGUAUAUUGCGUCUGGAGGGGAAACAAUCGCUGCCGUUACCGCGUGCGGUGACCUCUUCACCAUGCAGCUGAACAAUAAAGUAGACAGCAACCAGAUUGCUGGCUCUACGACGAACCCCGUUAAAAUUAAGAGUGCUGUCACCCAGCCUCAGUGCAUAUGGGACUCACGAAAGGACGGGGUGACUUCUGUGAGUGUUGGUGAGCAUGGAUCCGUCAUCAUCUGCACUGAAUCAGGUGCAGUCUGGAAGCGAGUCAAGCGCACCAAAGGAAACAUGGCCGCAUUUGCUAGUUCGCUUGAUACAAAGAAGAAGGAUUUCAAGUUUGAGCGUGUUCCGUAUAUCACGAACUGUGUGGGUGUUUGUAGCUCAACUUUCGGGGCAUUUUCAGCAAUCCGCAAAGACAGCAAAGUCAUGUCUACAGAUAUCAGCAUUGCGAAUCAAACGAUCUGGGAUGACGUGGGCUCUUUACUUUGCCUGAACGAUUUUAGAGCGUCAACCACCACUUCGGUUGAGAAAACUGGACGAAAAAAGUGGGAUGCUGCAAUUGCCAGAGAAAAGCCCGGGUCGGUGCCUCAUGAGAUUUUACAAUCAGCGAACAUCGAACAGGAUUUGUUGCAGUGGGUGCAAAUGAACUCAUUUCAGUACAACGACCUGAAUAUGGCAAUUCGGACUUCGUCAAACCCAGACCUCAGAGUGCCCGUACAUAGCUGGCUGCUUGCAGCUCGAAGCCCAGUUCUCCGAGAGGCAUUGUCUGAGUUUCAGAUCAGUGGGAACAAGGACGCCCUCGCCGACGUAGUUUUGAUUGAGCAAGACGAUGGCAAAGCACUCCUUACGUUUGUUGGCAUUGACAUCUACACUCUGCUGAACAUUGUGGUGUUCGCCUAUCAAGAUGCAAUCAUUCCGGUGUGGAGAUAUACGAGGGAAGCGCCUCCACUGGCAUAUCGUUUCCGUCAGGUGCGAACGGAACUGAUGAAGCUUGGGACCAGACUCAGUAUGCCGAAAUUGGAGACGGCAGCCAGACUUCAAGCCGGUUUAGAACCAUCUUUGGACGAAGACUUGCGAGAGGCUGUCGCGGACCCGGCUUUCUUCCAUGACGCUGACAUGGUCAUUGAGCUGGAUGGAGACGAGGUUUUGGCGCACAGCCAUCUCGUCUGCCAGAGAUGCCCCUUUUUUGAAGGCAUGUUCCAUGGUCGGUCCCAAGGUCAAUGGCUGGCUGGCCGUCGCAAUACCGCAAUGGAAACAGAGCUGGUCAAGGUAGACCUGAACCACAUCAGCCCGGACACGUUCCAUUAUGUGAUGGAAUUUCUCUAUGCUGAUGUCGGUGAGGAUAUAUUCAAUAGUGUUUGCAUCGGGACCCUGGAUGAGUUCUCGGAGCUGGUUCUUGAUGUGAUGGGCGCCGCGAACGAACUGAUGCUAGAUCGCCUGUCCCAAAUUUGUCAAAGCUUGAUCGGCAAAUUUGUUACAACCCGCAACAUUGCAAACCUCCUCAACGAGAUUAGCCCUUGCUCAGUAACUGAAUUCAGGGACGUUGGGCUGGAAUACAUUUGCUUGCAACUGGAAUCAAUGCUGGAGAACCAUCUCCUCGAUGGCCUUGACGAAGAUAUCCUUUUAGAUUUGGAUGAUGUAGUGCGAAACAAUCAGCUGGCUAGGUUUCCUAUUGUGCGAAGUGGACGAGCUGACCUUCUGCUUCAUGAACAGUAUCCAGACUUGGCGCUUGAUAUUGAGGAGGAACGUCGCCGUUGGGUGAAAGAAAUGGCAUUUAAAGCCGUACAGAAGGACGAGGAAAAGAAGCUAUCAUCCUCGUACAAAGCACGCGUUGGCAGUCUGGACGAAUCGGCAAUGGCAACACAGACUCCGGAUCGGUCUCGCCGCAAGUCGAGAGCUGGGCGGAAUGAACCGUUUAGUCCUGCUUUACGGCCAAAAGAUUCUCUUGCAGAUCUGAUAUUUGAAAUGGAUGACGAGGCUAGUCCAAAGGUCAGUGGUCCGACAUCGCCAGAGAUGUUAGCUUCCUCAGGUGCCCGAAAGGAGCCGGACCUGGAUAAUAUGCCCAAGCUCCCAGAAGCCUGGCGAAGCGCCAGUGGUAAACCAAUGGGCGACCUUGAUAUCACAAGCUCCCCAGCAUUGGACCAGUUCUCCCUAUCCCAACUACCUGCGUCUCAAAUUGCAGCGGUACACCGGGGGAGCAGCUCCAUUCAACCCGUAUCACCACCAACAAAAGCCACCAAUGCUCCGUGGGCAUCACCCAUUCUACCUGCGUCAAAGCUGGACUUGAAAGAUAUCAUGCAGGAAGCUACGUCGAAAUCGGCGCUCACGGCCGGUUUAGCGUCACAGGCCAACAAGGCAGCUUCAUCAAGCAAACCACUGGCCCGGAUGUCUCAAAAGGAACGAAAGAGACAACAAGUUCAGCUAGCAGAGGUCGAGGCAGCCGCUGAGAAGGAAAAAUCUACGUCGGUGCCUUGGCAAGAAGCCAGCUCUGGCGCUCGACCUGCACCUUGGAAGGCGGCUACCACAGCACCAACUACGUCAUUGAAGGAUGUCAUGCAGUCCGACAGUGCACAACAUGGAGGCCAGGCGUUGUCCAAGAAACCUCUUUUGGCGGCAGAAGCCAUUCCUCAGCUGUCAAGGCGGAGAACAGCCUCUCCUGAUACUCGUUUCCCAGGACAGGGCCGUGCUAAUAGCUCGCCGGCGAUACCUACGACAUCGACAUCACGGUCAUCCGAGAAGAAACCGCUUGUGCCGCAUUCCAAAUCGUAUAUCAAGCCAACAGCAAAGGCUGAACCAACACUGGGUGCAAGCAUGGCGGAUAUUAUCGGACAACAACAGUUAGAGCAGCAAAGGGUCAAGGAAGCUGUAGCUAAGCGAUCACUCCAAGAGAUUCAAGAGGAGCAGGCCUUCCAGGAAUGGUGGGAUCAGGAGAGUCGUCGAACACAAGAGGAGGAAGCCAGAAGACAAGCUAGGGGUAAGGAGAAGGAGCAAUCUGGCAGUAACAGACGCGGACGAAAGGGCAGAGGCGGCAAGCCAAAGCCAAUUGACAGCUCUGGUGGCGGUGAGAAGACAGGUGAAGUUGUGGCAAAGCGAACAGGUGGCAGCGCAGCUCCUUCGAGAGGCAGGGGAGGCAAAGCUAAAGGAGGCAAAAACUGA